UGGCAGACUGUGAGGAUGUCAGGAGGGAGGGGGAAAGCCUCCAGUGCAGUUUUUUCCACCGCUCGCUAGCAGGAGAGGAGGAGGAGGAGGAGGAAGAGGAGGAGGAGGAGGGGUGUUGGGCAGCUGCUGGGGCCGAAUGCAAGAUGCUCAGGCGGACUUCAGGAGACCCGAGUGGGAAGAAGACCAGGGCGAAAGUGGUCAGCAUCUGCUUCGUUGCUUUCUAGCUGGCCCUCCAAGCAUCGGAAUCUGGAUGCUGGACUUGCCUGUCACUCAAAGUCUGGGAGCUUUAAAGAAGACGUGUAUUCUUUCUCCCUCUCUCUCUCUUUCUCCCUCUGUUUCUCUCUCUCUCUCUUUCUCCAUCUCUCCCCCCCUCUCUCUGUCUCUCUGUCUCCCUCUCUCUCCAGCUUUGCUCAAAUCCCUUCUUCUUCUUACCAUGAUGCAAGCCAUGGUCUCCAAGAGCAUCCAUUGAGGGCUCCACAAGAAACAUCUCCGUUUCUCCAUCCCUUGCUUGGCCCUUCCAAGUUGCUUCCAGUUGAUGUUGGGAGACCCACCCGACCCUUGGCGUCCAACGCGUUCAGGACACGAAUGGGCUCCGAGACCCUCUUGUCUUGUCCCAAGCUGGGAACCAUGGCGGUCACCUGUGGACUCAAGGCCUGGGGUCGCUGAAGUGAUGGGAUCGCAACCUCCUGCUCUGCAGAUGGCACGGCUGCCAAGCCAGAGUUUCUGAAUGGGAAUAGAUUACUUUCUCCAGCUGGUUGCAAAGAGGCAGGGUGAAAUUCUUCACGUCUCCCCACCUUGCUUAAAGGAAAAUCAGAAAGCAAUAAUUCAGAUGUGUCCUCAAGAGCCAAAGGGUUAACCUGAGAAACUGUGGGGUAAGGGUUGUUGUCCGUGUUUUUUUGUUUUUUUUUUAAAUCUUCUAAUUUUUUUUAUUGGAUGUAUCUGAUGCCUCACCACCAGCGUCCACGGUCGGCUUGGUCUUGGAGAACAGGAAUGGGAUCUGAGGAUCUGGUUGGCAUCCAAAGGUGCUGCUGGAAGGAAGAGCAAGAGAUCCAUUUGGUAGGAAGUGUGUUCCUGACCAGCUGCUGUGGUUGAAAUGGUGUGCAAUACUCUGUGCUUCCAGCAACUCCCCAAGGCCCCCUUUGAAGGCUAAACCUCCCCAUGUUCCUCAUUUUAAAGGAGCUUCCUAAGAUCUCAACGAGACACCUCCAAAGCCUAGCCGGGCGGGAAUUGCUGCAUGACCCUCUUAGUCUUAGACCCUCAAGCUGUACGGAUGGCCGUCAAACCAAGCUACCCAUGCAGAAGACUCCUGGGCAGCAGAAGUGGAGAAGACCCUGAGAAAGGAAUCAAGAGCCGAGAUCUUCCAGGGAUUCUCCCCAAGAGCGGUGAUGAACUAGCUGGAGGCGAUGCCCUGUCUGUUGGGAAGGAGAACGUGGCAUAGAGACUGGCAGGGAUCACUGGCUUCUUUCUGCAGAGCAGAGCACAAAUAACACACCUUCACCUUUUUCAAGCUCACAGUCUGUGGCAUUCUCUCUCCCAAACCGGGUUUGUGGACCAAUGGUGAUUCCAAACCUUGGCUACCUAGAUGGGCUGGUGGCCAAGUUGGAGGAGAUGUAUGUGUGUUGGACUCAUCAACCCCUCGAUCCCAUCCCAUUCUCUCUGGCUUGGUUGGCCCCUUCCAGUGACCCUAGGGAGAACAAAGGAUAGGAAGUGAGUGCGCUGCUGGGACUUUCUGGGCAGGGGGGAGCGUUAAAAUGUGGAGAUCUCCCCACCCAAGAGAGGCUCUGUGGAGGCACAAUCUGGUCGGGCAACAGCAGAAUGUGCAACGCAACUCUGCCCCAGCUCCCCGGCACCCUGUGAAGAAUGAACAACCGGGAUUUGCAGGAUAGGAAGCCCAGUAACAACACAACAGACGGCUGCAACAUCAGUGAGAAGGAGCGCAUCCGAGGGCGCAUGAAAAUGGUGAUUGGGCAGCUAGAAGGCAUUCUGCAAGAACUCAAGGAGGUGGCCAAGGAACUUCGAGACGUGGUCAGCCAGAUUGACAAGUUGACCUCAGACUUCGAGUUUGAGCUGGAGCCCGACGAUUGGACGACCACCACGGUGAGCAGCACCUCCAGCAGCGAGAAAGGUGGAGGCAUAUUUGACCUUGGGCACCUGGAUUUCAUGACCUCAGACAUCCUUUCGGACAGCUGGGAAUUCUGUUCUUUCCUCGAGGCCUCCACCCCUUCGGAUUCGGGCGACGGUUCGGAGCAGCAGCAGCAGCCACAGCCACAACAGCCACCGGGGCAUCAACCCGAUUACCAGCUGAUGAAUGGUGGGGUGUUGCUCUACAACGGACCCCGGAUUGAAACCCCAGACUCUUCCAGCGAGGAAGCGUUCAGCUCCAUACCAAGUCACAAACCUCACCAUCCGAGGACGCCGGGCACCAGGGAGCGGGUGCGUUUUAGUGACAAAGUCCUCUACCAUGCUUUGUGUUGCGAUGAUGACGAUGAGGAGGCGGACAGCGGGCCCCUUCCGGAUGAUCCUCCGGAAGAACCCAACGAGACCACUCCGAAGGGGGCGUUAGUGGCCAAGACGGCAAUGCGACGGUCCCCUCACCUUGAUAGCGGCCAACUGCGGAAGCUGACACGGAACAGCAGCACCCAGACGGUGUCAGACAAAAGUACUCAGACGAUACUCCCUUAUAUUUCGAACAAGCAGAAAAUCAACCAGAAGAACUGAGGAACAGCAGGGGGGAAAGGGUGGGCUGAGCUGAAGAGGAAGAAGGAGCUGCAGCGGGAGAGAGAGAGAGAUCUAUAAACAGAUAGAUAGAUAAAUUUCUCUCUAUAUUUAAGUCAAUAAAUAAUCAUGAUAUGAUGAAAAAAAAAAUAUGGAAAUGGGAUAUCCUCUGACUACCUAACCGUCAUGUCAAGACUCAGGGAAUUUAAACUGUUUUGUUUGUCGAAUGUCGUAUUUCUCCCCGUUCGUGCAUUGCUUAUUUAUACAUGAAAGGAAACAAACCUUGUGCCAUUUCACGUCACAAAGCAGGCGGGGGGGGGGGAAUCUAUUGAGGAUGAGGAAGAGUAAGAUCUACAGACUCCCCCAAAGUUUUUCAGAAUAGCAUGUUUUGACAUACUAGCUUAUUCCCCCCCCCCCCCAAUCCUGCUCCCUGGUUAAUGAUUGUGUGAUUUUGAUUAACAUAGAGGAGUUGACUAAUUGGGAGACAGAGAGACAGACAGACAGACAGACAGACAGACAGACAGACAGACAGAGACAGAUGGAUAGAAGUAGAUUAUGGAUGGAGAUGGAUGGAUGGAUGAUAUAAAUAUAUAUAUUAUGGAGAUGGAUGGAUGGAUGAUAUAAAUAUAUAUAUUAUGGGGAUGGAUGGAUGGAGAGAGAGAUGGAUAGAGGUAUAUUAUGGAUGGAGGUGGAUGGUGAUGGAUG